AUGGUCUCUCACUUGUUUGUUUCUGGCGAAUUGAACGGAGUCACGGGCCUAAAGCCUGUUGAGAACCCUCCUUUCGAGUACAGGUUCAAGAUUCAGUGUACUGCAUGUCGCGAGGAGCACGACAAAGAGAUCAGCAUUAACUUACUCGAGAGGCACGAAAUACAGGGCAGUAGAGGCGAGGCCAACUUCGUAUUUAAGUGUGGAUUUUGCGGCAAGCAGUCGAAUGCUGAGAUCUCGCUACCCAAGAACUACACUGGGCUUACGCAAGACUCGAAAAGAGCAGUGAUGCUGGACAUUGAGGCACGAGGUAUCGACCUGGUAGAGUUCAUUCCUGUGGGGAAUUUCGAGUGCGUCUCUGAGCAGGGAACCAGGUUCACGGAGAUAGACAUCAGCGAGGGCGAAUGGUACGAUUAUGAUGAUAAGGCGGGAGCAGAGGUGAGCAUCACAGAUCUGACGUGGGAGAUAGCCAAGAAGUAA